UCGACGUACUUCCUGUUUUCACGAGAGCGUCGUACAGCAAACAUGGCGGCCUCCAGUGGAAGAACCGUGGGAUCUUUUCUCUGGAAAUGCGGAAAUUGCUGGUUCAAUUUUAACACAGUCUCGUCAAAUUUAACUCGCCAGGUGCUGUCCAGACAGCUAUGUGUGAGCGCUGUGCUCCACAGGAAGAACCUGGCUGCAGCGGGCCCAGAGAAGUUCUCGGAGGAGUUCAUCAAGAAGCAGGUGGAGGAGUUCAACAUCGGGAAGAGACAUCUAGCCAACAUGAUGGGAGAGGACCCUGAGACAUUCACUCAGGGGGACAUUGAUAGAAGCAUUGCAUACCUGUUCCCCUCCGGCCUGUUUGACAAUAAAGCCAAACCACUGAUGAAGCAUCCGGAUGAGGUGUUUCCAAAACAGAGAGCUGUCCAAUGGGGCGCAGAUGGACGGCCAUUCCACUUUCUGUUCUACACAGGAAAGCAGUCCUACUACUCUCUAAUGCACGACACCUUCACUAAAGCCCUGGCAGUAGAGAAGCACCAGGACCGUCUGAGAGGAAAGGGCCUCUUCACCCAGGACACCAAGCAGAUUUCUCUGGUGGGUAGUCGGUGGUUGCUGAAAGAAGAGCUGGGGGAGUUGUUGGUGGAGACCAUCUCAGACCACGAUUAUGCACGGUUCAUCCAGCUGAUGGAGAGGUUGCUGUCUCUGCCCUACUGCUCUGUGGAGGAGGACUUUGUCCAGCGUUACCGCAGACAGCUAGAGAUCCAAUCCUCCAAGCAGCAGGUCCAGCCCCUACAGUACGACCAGCACGGAGUGGCUUACAGCACUGGAGAUGGCAGGAGGAAGACCGCUACAGGUACUGUCCUACUGAGAGACAGCGGCUCAGGCUCCAUCAGCAUCAACGGGACAAACUAUGUCCACUACUUCCCUGUCCUGCAAGACCGGGAGCAGUUGAUGUUUCCCCUCCACUUUAUGGGGGUGCUGGGGAGGUUUGACAUGCAGUGCAGUGUGAGUGGCGGGGGCCAUUCCAGCCAGGCGGGGGCGCUACGCCUCGCCACCUCCCGCGCCAUGCUCAGCUUCCUGUCUGAGGGACAGGUGGAGACCAUGAGACAAGCUGGGCUGCUGACCCCUGACCCCAGAAUUAAGGAGAGGAAGAAGCCGGGCCAGGAGGGAGCGAGGAGGAAGUUCACCUGGAAGAAACGCUGAGGUUGAGGACAGAAUAGAACUGGACACAGGGACAUCUUCAUCAUUAUCUUCCUCUGAGAUCAGAACUGUUAUUAGUAAGUGGACAAAUUGUUCAUCCAACCCCUGUUGUAGCUUUUUAUAUGUCCCCUAAAGGUGUUUUAGAUCUGGAAAUAGCCACCAAGUACAUGACUCAAAUACAUGUACAAAUUCAAAGGGGUUCUGUCCAUGUGAGGGCAGAAUACCCAACUCCAUAUAGGCUGUAAUGUUUUUUUUCUGCCACCAGAGGGCCAUCUGUGUCAACACACCUGUCCAUUGUCUUUGUCUGUAUAUUGAAAAUAAAAUGUUGUUUUUCAUAUA